AACAUAGGUUAAUGUUGAAAUAUGUCAGCAGGGACCUAAAGCAAAGGUCAUCAGAGAUUUCGAUUACUUUAAUAUCGCAAUUCAAAAAUAUUUUUAUAUUCAUAAUAAUCAUAUAUUUUACAAUUUAAGAUGAACAAUUUAAAUGGUGAAAAUACAGAAAAAAAACAUAAAGUUAAAUGUGCAGGUGGUAAAGUUGACAAAAAGAAAAAGUUAAAAUCGGAAACUGCAGAAAUUAAAGAAAAAAAUCCUAAAGCAUUUACUUUUAAAUCUGCUGUUAAAGCAGAACAAAGAUUUAGACGUAAACAGGACAUUGAAACCAAGAAGCAACAUGUACCAGUUGUUGAUCGAACUCCUAUUGAGCCACCACCACUUUUGGUAGCAGUAGUAGGGCCUCCUAAAGUAGGAAAAACUACACUAAUAGUUAAUCUAGUAAAACUUUUCUCAAAAACCCCAUUAUCAGAUAUAAAAGGUCCUGUCACUUUGGUAAUGGGGAAAAAACAAAGAAUUACAUUGAUGGAAUGUAAAAAUGAUAUCAAUUCAAUGAUAGAUUUAGCUAAAGUGGCUGAUUUAGUAUUGGUUUUAUGUGAUGCAAGUUUUGGCUUUGAAAUGGAAUUUUUUGAAUUUUUAAAUAUUUGUCAGGUCCAUGGUAUGCCAAAAAUCAUAGGCAUUUUAACACAUUUGGAUAUGAUAAAAAACUAUCAAGCAUUAAAGAAUACAAAAAGGAUGCUUAAACACAGAUUUUGGACAGAGGUUUAUCCAGGUGCAAAGUUAUUCUAUCUGUCGGGUAUAGUUCACGGUGAAUACCUGAAAAAUGAAAUAAAAAAUCUUGGUAGAUUUAUUUCAAUAACGAAGUUGCGAUCUUUGAGUUGGCGUUCGACGCAUAGUUAUCUGUUGGUGGAUAGAUUAGAGGAUAUUACCAGUCAGGAAUUGGUGAGAAGAGAUCUACAAUGUAAUAGAAACAUUUUAUUGUAUGGUUAUUUAAGAGGCGUUCCGCUAACCAAACAAAAUUAUAUUCAUAUAGCAGGAGUUGGUGAUCAAAAAAUUCAUUCUGUUGCAAGUUUAAAUGAUCCCUGUCCUUUACCAGAAAGAAAAAAGCGAGCUUUAAUUGAGAAGGAAAAACUUCUUUAUGCUCCCUUUUCGGGCUUGGGUGGAAUCGUUUAUGACCAGGAUGCAGUUUAUGUUGAACUCGCAGGUUCCCACAGUUAUUCACAACAAAAUAAUAGCGAGUCGUAUGCAGUUUCUGCGAAUCUUCUGGAUACAAAAGAAACACUCGAUAUAAAGAUGAAACAGUCAAAAAUUAAAAUAUUUUCGCACGCUGAAAAUGUCGGAGCAGAUGACAUUUUAACGGAAAAUUCUAAAAUUGAAAAUUCCAAAGAAGUAAAUUUUAUGGAAAAUGUGAAGGGAAAUAUUACGGAUAAGAUGAAAAACAUUGGAAAUAAAAGGGACAAUACCGUCAGUUUAGAGAUAAAAUUCGACAAAAAUUUUAUACAGAAAACAAUACCAUCUUUGCAUUUUAAACGAAAUUUAAUGAAAUUUAUUUAUGAUCAUGCACUUAAUGAUAUUGGAGAAAAAGAUGUAAUAAAGACAGAUAUUAACAAUGACAAUAAUGUUGGAAAUUUGUUCAUGCUGAAUUCAAAUGAAAAUCAAAACCACAAACUGAAACAUUUAACAACAGAUUUGUUAGAUUCAUCUCUUCCAUCAUUGCAGAAUUUAAAAACAAAUGAUUGGGUGAAUCUGAAUCAAAAUGGAAUAAAAAAUUGCUUUGUAACUGGCAAAUGGCGUAAUAACGAGAAUGCCGAAGAACUAUUAAAGUUAGAUGAUUUACCAGACUUUGACUCAGAUGAAGAUUAUGACUAUAGCACAGAUGCAGAAACAAUGAGGAGAAAGAAACUUCAACUGAAACAGAAGUUUGAUACUGCAUAUGAUAACUUCUAUAAAGAUGAUUUUUACGACGAAUUAAAAACUCGCAUUGAAAAACAGUCCGAGUUGAAUAAACAAUUGUUGAGUAACAUGAACGAAGACGUUCGGGUAGAAGUUGAAGGUUGUAGACCUGGAAUGUAUGUAAAAUUGGAGUUACAUGAUAUGCCAGCAGAAUUUAUUAAUAAUUUUGAACCGUCCUAUCCAAUCGUAAUUGGUGCAUUAAAUAUGGGAGAAGAAAAUAUCGGCUAUGUAAAUGUAAAGUUGAAAAAACAUCGGUGGUACAAUAAAAUACUUAAAACAAAAGACCCCCUUAUAGUUUCCAUGGGAUGGAGACGAUUUCAAACUUUACCUUUGUAUUUUAAACUAGAGGAUGAUUUAAAAUGCAGAUUUUUGAAAUAUACCCCUCAGCAUGUUUCUUGUUGUGCCCAGUUUUGGGGCCCAGUGACUCCUCAGAACACUGGAUUCUUAGCAAUUCAAAAUGUACAAAAUUGUCCGGAGGUUUUAAAAGACCAAGGCUUCAGAAUUGUUGCUACUGGAACAGUGUCGGAAUUAGAUCAGUCAACCAAAGUUUUAAAGAAAUUAAAAUUGGUAGGAAAUCCUAUUAAGAUUUACAAAAAAACCGCUUUUAUAUCAGGUAUGUUUAACAGCUCAUUGGAAGUUGCGAAGUUCGAAGGUGCGAAAAUAAAAACGGUAUCAGGAAUAAGGGGCCAGGUUAAAAAGGCCGUCAGAGAUAACGGAACGUUUCGGGCUACUUUUGAAGAUAAAAUCCAAUUGAGCGAUGUCAUUGUUUGUAGAACGUGGUAUGCUGUUGAUGUGCCCAAAUUUUAUUGUCCAAUUACAAAUCUUGUUUUGCCAAAAGAGAAAAAGGAUUUGUGGAAUGGCGUUAAAACUCUGAGGGAAUUAAAAGUAGAAAGAAAUAUCAAGGAACAACCAUCAUCCGAUAGCUUGUACACCGCUAUAACAAAAGAUUCGAAGGUUUUUAAACCAUUAAUAAUUCCUAAAAAAUUACAAGUUGCUUUACCUUACAAGGAUAAGCCUAAAAACUGUAUUUUAUCGAAAAAUAACGAUAAAAGAAUCGAAAGGGUUACCGUCGUUAGAGAAAAAGAAGAAAGAAAGAUUAUGGAAAUGUUAAAAAUGUUAAAAACCACAUACGAUUAUAAACAAGAACAACAAGCAGUAGCAACCAAAAAAAGAAUACAAAAGCAGCAAAAAGAAAAGGAAAUGGAAGAAAUAAAAAAAAAAGCAAAAGUUCAGUCGCAGAAAAAAAACUUUAUGCGUUUAAAAAGUAAUGCAAAUCAACAUUAAAACUUUCAAUAUGCGUAAAUGUAGCUUUAUUAUGCCUUCAUAAAGAAAUAUGAAAAGUAUAAAAAUGCUUUAAAAAAAGGGCACGAAAAUAAUAAUAUACAAAUUAAUAUUUGAAAUUUGGUAAGAGUAGCAAUAAAUACUUCGUCGGUUAAAAUAUGAAUAAAGAGGAAUUUUCAUG